AUGGCGACAGAACGUGUCAAUGAGAGCUCCGCCAAUCUGAGCCAAAAUCUAGCUGAAUCUUUACUAGAUUUUGUAAACGAUGACCGUUCUAGCAUUUGGGAAACUACUAACACAAAACAAACAGAACCUAUUUUGCUGGAAAAUAGUAAAGAUCUUUGUUCCGACAACAACAACAACAACAACGAUUUUGAAGUCGAACAUAGUUUAAUUCAAUGUGAUGGCUCACGACUCCUAGAACAUUUAGAACUAAAUGAAGCCUAG